CUUUGGGUUCUGUCACGGUGUCGGUGGUGCCCGGCUCACCGUCCCUUCCCCCUUCCGGCGAGCGUGGUCGCCAGAGAGCUUCUCUCAGCCCUGCUCUGCGGGGUCCACAGCGGGGCGUGGGUGUCCGGCGGCAGCGGCGGCGAGCCCGUGGGCAGUGGGGGUUGGUCCAGUGGCUCCGGACCCCGGUGCAGAAUGGCGGCGGCGGUUCGGAUGAACAUCCAGAUGCUGCUGGAGGCGGCCGACUACCUGGAGCGGCGGGAGAGAGAAGCUGAACAUGGUUAUGCCUCCAUGUUACCAUACAAUAACAAGGACAGAGAUGCCUUAAAACGGAGGAGCAAAUCCAAGAAGAGUAACAGCAGUAGCAGAUCGACUCACAAUGAAAUGGAGAAGAAUAGACGGGCCCACCUUCGCUUAUGCCUGGAAAAGUUGAAGGGGCUGGUGCCACUUGGUCCAGAAUCAAAUCGACACACUACACUGAGUUUAUUAACAAAAGCCAAAUUGCACAUAAAGAAACUUGAAGACUGUGACAGAAAAGCCAUUCACCAAAUAGACCAGCUUCAGCGAGAGCAGCGACACCUGAAGAGGCAGCUGGAGCAGCUGGGCAUCGAGAGGAUACGGACGGACAGCACCGGCUCCACAGUCUCCUCGGAGCGCUCCGACUCUGACAGGGAAGAGAUCGACGUGGACGUCGAAAGCACAGACGAUCUCACGGGCGACCUGGACUGGAGCAGCAGCAGCGUGAGCGACUCGGACGAGCGGGGAAGCAUGCAGAGCCUGGGCAGUGAUGAGGGCUACUCCAGCUCCAGCAUCAAGAGAAGAAAGCUCCAGGACGGUCACAAGACGCGUCUUGGGCUCUAGGAGAGCGUGGUCGCUUCGGCUGCCGCCCGGAUGGUCCCGCCCGUCGGCUCUGAUUAGGUAGCGUAUUGGACCUGCCCACAGUUCCCUCGCACGUCAGCUUCCGUGUUCCACCGUCACCAAAAGCAGCUGUGCAAAAGUUGUCAAGGAAGUGCUUAGGAGUGUGGGUUUCUUUUUUUUUUCUUUCUUUCUUUUUCUUUUUCUUUUUCUUUUAUCCACGAUCCCCAUCUUGAAUGGGGUUGAGCGGGCCCCCGCGCCUGCUGGCGUAGGGUAGGCACACGCUGAGCCAGUCAGUGCAGCCUGGACACCUGAGGGCGUCACAGACCCGUUACUGCUCAGUCUGGGGUGGGUGAAUGCCACUCGUCCCUCUAAGAAAUUGGGGGACGCCGACCAGGAUUGUGGGUUUCUGACUGCAUCCUCUAGCUUCUCUCUUUCUCUCCAUAAAAAUUCGUCUCUGACAGACUGUACAUUCCAAUCAGUUUGAAGCACCCAAGAAUUCUUAGACGGGAUAAGCACUUACAUCUCGGCAAUUUCCCCCUCUUAUUUACUGUCCCCGUGUAGUCUACCAGACCUUCCUUGAAGUUUUCUGGCUUCCUCUGUGACUUGCCUAGCGGAAAUGUCCGAAUGUGUCUUGUGCUUAGGAAACUUAAGGAAACAAACUUUUAAAGUUGAGAUCCUGAUCUCAGAACUCCAAAGUAAGCUUUGAAAGUGGGAUUUAAGAGCGCUUAACCAUGGCCCUCACCGCCUGUGAGCAGGCAGGAAUACCUCCAGAAAACACACCCUUCACACACGUCCUGCGCCAACACCCCCGACCCGCGUGUGGAUGGCUGCAGUAUUUCUCACUAUCAGACGGACCCCUUGUGAGCACGUCUUUGGGGUAGCACAGCUUAUAAAAAUUCCAACAUCGUUUGUUCUCACGAACAGAACGGUACAGUCUAUUUUUGUGUGCUGUCCUUGGGGCUGUGCUGUGUCCUGCUCUCGCAAGGCACAUUUCCCCUCCAAGUCGGUUAUGCUCCUUGUCUCUGGAACAUUUUUUUUUCCUACCUCAGAGAUAAAUGAGAUCUCCAUUUCCCACUUAACACAAACUGAUUAUGCCUCUUUUGUUUUGUUUUUGUUUUUUGUUUUUUUCCCCAAAUAAGUGACAUUUGGUCCAAUUCUAAUCUAUUUUGCUGUUUAACUUGCAGCAAUAACUGAGCUUUGGCACUAGCUGAGCUAGUGUCCAUCAUCAGUGAAAGGAGAAGUCUACAUUUCUACUCUCUGUUGCAGGUGAAUGGGAGGGGAUGGUACAGUGUUACUAUAAUUCCUCUCCUUAUUGAUUAUUUUUGGACACACCCAGAAACUUCUUUAUGGAGGCUUUUGGGUUAAUAGUUUAAAAGGUUAAUUUUUCUUUUUGGUUAUGAUUUCUCUCUUAAGUGGUCUCCCACUUUGUAGCAUUUUUAUUUAAGCUAAAACAGAGCACAUGUAUAUGUACAUAAGACACAUUAAAUCUAUAAAUACUAUUUAUUCAUUUUAUAUAAACUAAUGUAAUGGAAAAUAAAUUCUUAUGACUGUGCUUUU